CAUCAUUGAGUGCUGCUGAACUGUCAUCCAACAGCAAUGUCAAUGAUAACGGUCGUUGGGUUUUCUUUGUUGAUGGCAGUCACGAUGUUUGUGAUACUUGCACUGAAAAUGAGGCUUGUCAGGAGAGAAGUGGUGUCAAUGGCUGUGCUUGCUUGGAUGGACAAAAUCCAAAUCAUGAAAUCUAUGAUGCUGUGGAGUCUUGCGCCAGCAGCACUGGGUCCAUGUCUUUGUCCCGCUGCCAGCUCUUUGAAUCUGGUUUUACUCCUGAGACCCUGCACUUAAAUGAUCCAAGCUGCCAAGGAACCCUUGAGCAUGGCAGACUUGUAUUUCAAUUUGACAAUGAAGGCCACAUAUGUGGUACCAUUCUGAUGAGCAACAGGACUCACUUCAUCUACCAAAACUCCAUUCAGUCUAACUUAAGAAGCACUGGCCAGAGCAUCAUUUCAAGAGAGAGGUGGCUGAACAUUACAUUUUCUUGUGCGUAUCCUCUGAUCCAGACCCUAUCUAUGCCCAUGGGUAUCCAAGCUGAAGGCGGUGAGAUGAGUCUGGAGCUUCCUGCUGGCCAGGGCACAUACCGGAUCCGCAUGAUUCCCUACCAUGAUGCACAGUUUACUAGCCCAUUUGAUGGGGAGGUGGAAAUACAGGUGAACCAGCAGAUGUAUGUGGCUGUUGAGGUGGAUGGAGUGGAUAGAAAUCAAAUUGCAACGGUUCUAGACAACUGCUGGGCCACACCUGUUAAUGAUAUUGACUAUCAUAUACGCUGGAGUCUAAUUACUAGAGAAUGCCCCAACCCUGAAGAUGGCACAGUGGAGGUUCUUCAGAAUGGUGUUGAUACGACAAGCCAUUUCUCCUUCAGGAUGUUCACCUUCUCAGGAAUCUCUGACCGCAUCUUCCUGCACUGUCAGGUUCAUCUCUGCCUUGUACAGAAUGGCAGAUGUGCACUGUCCUGCGACCCUGGAUAUAGACGCAGAAAGCGCAGAUCUUUGGAUUUCCAUCACUCUUCUGCGAUCACCAUGGGUCUUUAACAAAGCUCAAUAACCAUGAUGAAUGAAAGAUCCUUCAUUUAUAUCAAAAUACUUUGUGUGAAUGAUCUAAAUAUGAGAUUUCUAAAUAUGAAUUUGAAAGCACUUCCUUGUCUUUAAACAUCAAAUCAGAGAUAUUUUAAAUAAACAUAUCACCAAUGAAUACCAACUGCUAGGUGAAAAGGGACUUUCGGAAAACUACUAAAUCUAACCCAGACGUUGAUGCACAGAAAAACAAAAUCUCUGUAAUAACAAUUCAUUAACUAUUCAUGUAAUGUUUUAUUGUUAAAGAGGAAGUGUUAUUCAAAUACAAAACUAAAUUCUUCUAGAUUAUUGGAUGGGUAUGACUAAAAUGUACCAUGUAUGGUA